CACACCCUCCAUGCACAGAGUGCUUCUCAUGUUGAGACACCUCCUUGUCUUUGUUACUUUCAGGUGGCAUAUAUCAGCUUUUCCUCCAAUACGGCUAAACAGUCAACAGAAUACAUUGAAAGAUGCCGGACUGGGAUUUAUUGGGCAACUACAAGAUCAAUUUUCUAUAACUCGUACUUUUAAUGUAAGUAACUACGAUAGAGUUUAACAUUAGACUGUUGUGACCUGGAAUGUAGAAUAUGCUUUCAAAGAAUUCAGUGGAAUAUGAACAAAUAACAAUAGACAUAUGAGCCAAUAAGCAUAAUAAUGAGCAUAAUCUCUAUUCAUUUAAAUAUUUUCUCAUAAAAUGUAAUGUAUGUAUGUUGAAGAAACUGUUUAAGUUGAUAUACAAUCAACCUGUUUGUUCAAAAUGACACAUUGCAUCAUCGCACAAUAGCAGUGAAAGGCAGAUUCCAAAACAUUGGUUUAAAAGCACAAUAGGGAAAACUUUACUAAAAUUACGAAUAAAAUACAAUUUUAUUUGUUACAUCCUUCGUAAACAACAUGUGUAGAUAACAGUGACAUGCUUAUUUACGGGCCCUUCCCAACAAUGCAGAGAGACAUAAUAGAAAAAUAGUAAAACAAGGAAUAAAUACACAUGGAGUAACUAUAACUUGGCUAUACUGUAUACAAGGGGUAGCAGUACCAAGUCGAUAUGCAGGGGUAUGAGGUAAUUGAGGUAGAUAUAUACAGUGGGGGAAAAAAGUAUUUAGUCAGCCACCAAUUGUGCAAGUUCUCCCACUUAAAAAGAUGAGAGGCCUGUAAUUUUCAUCAUAGGUACACGUCAACUAUGACUGACAAAUUGAGAAAAAUAUCUAGAAAAUCACAUUGUAGAAUUUUUUAUGAAUUUAUUUGCAAAUUAUGGUGGAAAAUAAGUAUUUGGUCAAUAACAAAAGUUUCUCAAUACUUUGUUAUAUACCCUUUGUUGGCAAUGACACAGGUCAAACGUUUUCUGUAAUCUUCACAAGGUUUUCACACACUGUUGCUGGUAUUUUGGCCCAUUCCUCCAUGCAGAUCUCCUCUAGAGCAGUGAUGUUUUGGGGCUGUCGCUGGGCAACACAGACUUUCAACUCCCUCCAAAGAUUUUCUAUGGGGUUGAGAUCUGGAGACUGGCUUGGCCAUUCCAGGACCUUGAAAUGCUUCUUACGAAGCCACUCCUUCGUUGCCCGGGCGGUGUGUUUGGGAUCAUUGUCAUGCUGAAAGACCCAGCCACGUUUCAUCUUCAAUGCCCUUGCUGAUAGAAGGAGGUUUUCACUCAAAAUAUCACGAUACAUGGCCCCAUUCAUUCUUUCCUUUACACGGAUCAGUCGUCCUGGUCCCUUUGCAGAAAAACAGCCCCAAAGCAUGAUGUUUCCACCCCAUGCUUCACAGUAGGUAUGGUGUUCUUUGGAUGCAACUCAGCAUUCUUUGUCCUCCAAACACGACGAGUUUAGUUUUUACCAAAAAGUUCUAUUUUGGUUUCAUCUGACCAUAUGACAUUCUCCCAAUCCUGUUCUGGAUCAUCCAAAUGCACUCUAGCAAACUUCAGACGGGCCUGGACAUGUACUGGCUUAAGCAGGGGGACACGUCUGGCACUGCAGGAUUUGAGUCCCUGGCGGCGUAGUGUGUUACUGAUGGUAGGCUUUGUUACUUUGGUCCCAGCUCUCUGCAGGUCAUUCACUAGGUCCCCCCGUGUGUUUCUGGGAUUUUUGCUCACCGUUCUUGUGAUCAUUUUGACCCCACGGGGUGAGAUCUUGUGUGGAGCCCCAGAUCGAGGGAGAUGAUCAGUGGUCUUGUAUGUCUUCCAUUUCCUAAUAAUUGCUCCCACAGUUGAUUUCUUCAAACCAAGCUGCUUACCUAUUGCAGAUUCAGUCUUCCCAGCCUGGUGCAGGUCCACAAUUUUGUUUCUGGUGUCCUUUGACAGCUCUUUGGUCUUGGCCAUAGUGGAGUUUGGAGUGUGACUGUUUGAGGUUUUGGACAGGUGUCUUUUAUACUGAUAACAAGUUCAAACAGGUGCCAUUAAUACAGGUAAUGAGUGGAGGACAGAGGAACCUCUUAAAGAAGUUGUUACAGGUCUGUGAGAGCCAGAAAUCUUGCUUGUUUGUAGGUGACCAAAUACUUAUUUUCCACCAUAAUUUGCAAAUAAAUUCACAAAAAAUCCUACAAUGUGAUUUUCUUGAUUUUUUUUUUCUCAAUUUGUCUGUCAUAGUUGACAUGUACCUAUGAUGAAAAUUACAGGCCUCUCUCAUCUUUUUAAGUCGGAGAACUUGCACAAUUGGUGGCUGACUAAAUACUUUUUUCCCCACUGUACAUAUAGAUAGGGGUAAAGUGACUGGGUAACAGGAUAGAUAAUAAACAGUAGCAGCAGUGUAUGUGAUGAGUAAAAGAGGUAAUGCAAAAAAGGUUAAUGUAGAUAGUCCAGGUAGCUAUUUGGUUAACUAUUUAGCAGUCUUAUGGCUUGGGGGUAGAAGCUUUUCAGGGUCCUGUUGGUUCCAGAUUUGGUGCAUCGGUACCGGUUGCAGUGCGGUAGCAGAGAGAACAGUCUAUGACUUGGGUGGCUGGAGUCUUUGACAAUUUUUAGGGCCUUCCUCUGACACUGCCUGGUAUAGAGGUCCUGGAUGACAGGGAGCUCAGCCCCAGUGAUGUACUGGGCCGUACGCACUACCUUCUGUAGCGCCUUGCAGUCGGAUGCCAAGCAGUUGCCAUACCAAGCAGUGAUGCAGCCAGUCAAGAUGCUCUCAAUGGUGCAGCUGUAGAACCUUUUGAGCAUCUGAUGUCCCAUGCCAAAUCUUUUCAGCCUCCUGAGGGGGAAGAGGCGUUGUUGUGCCCUUUUCACGACUCUCUUGGUGUGUUUGGACCAUGAUAGUUUGUUGGUGAUGUGGACACCAAGGAACUUGAAGCUCUCAACCUGCUCCACUACAGCCCCGUCGAUGAGAAUGGGGGAGUGCUCGGCCCUCCUUUUCCUGUAGUCCAUAAUCAUCUCCUUUGUCUUGAUCACAUUGAGGGAGAUGUUGUUAUCCUGGCACCACACCGCCAGGUCUCUGAUCUCCUCCCUAUAGGCUGUCUCAUCGUUGUCGGUGAUCAGGCCUACCACUGUUGUGUCAUCGGCAAACUUAAUGAUGAUGUUGGAGUCGUGCUUGGCCACGCAGUCAUGGGUGAACAGGGAGUACAGUUGGGGACUAAGCACGCACCCCUGAGGGGCCCCCGUGUUGAGGAUCAACGUGGCAGAUGUGUUGUUCUCUACCCUUACCACCUGGGGGCGGCCCAUCAGGAAGUCCAGGAUCCGGUUGCAGAGGGAGGUGUUUAGUCCCAGGGUCCUUAGCUUAGUGAUGAGCUUUGAGGGCACUAUGGUGUUGAACGCUGAGCUGUAGACAAUGAACAGCAUUCUCACAUAGGUGUUCCUUUUGUCCAGGUGGGAAAGGGCAGUGUGGAGAGCAAUAGAGGUUGUGUCAUAGAGGUUGCCUCAAAUCCUGUCACAUUUCCAUUGACUUUCAUUUAACUAAAUAGCCGAAUAUCCAUCUGUCCCACCACAGAAUAAUGAGAAGUUUAUAACAUAAAUAAUAUGAUAUACUGCUGUGCUCAAUUAGCUGGUCCUAGUGACCAUGGGUUGUUUUAUUAUAGGGAUUAUUGUUUUAUUUUUUAGUAUGGGGCAGCAGGUAGCCUAGUGGUUAGAGCAUUGGGCCAACAGAAGUAUCUUAAAUGUAAUUUGAUAGCUUGAGGUGAGGUGAAAAUCAGAGGGUGUCAAAUAAACACCUUUAAUAAUUUCAUCACCCAAACCUUUGAUGUUUCUAAUCAGGCUCGAUUUUGAGUUGGAAUGCUUGUAUUUGUCUGCUGUCAAUUAGAGAAUGCUGCCAUGCUCUACAUCUAUGGUUAAUAAUAUCUGAGUUUAAAGGAGAUCUUAAAGGGACAGUUCGUGAUUUUGGUAAUUAAGCCCUUUAUUUAUGCGCUACUUUCAGUCUUUGCGCUAAGCUAAUUAGCAUUGGCUCACAAAAGUACCUCUAACUUCCUGCAUACUGGACACAGAGACAGAAAAUGGUAUCCAUGAGUUCAUAUGACUUUGGGGAUGUAGAAAAAGGGCUUCAUGGCCAAAAUCCCAACUAUCCCUUUAAUGUAUCACAGCACUGGUCGUUGGAAAUACACACCUUUUCCUUUGACUUCAUUGAACCUCUUAUAUAAGAAAUUAUAUUCCGUUAAGCCAGAGGCCUGUGUGUCAGUGAAUGCCACCUACAAAUGACUAACAACAUGGAUGAUAUUUGUUUUCAUAUGAUAAUCCACACAAUGGCAUGUGUCUGCCUUAAUAUUGUACUCUUUGGUCCUAGUAUUUCAGCAUUUCUGAAGGAAUCUGAUUUGAUUUUUUUUCUGCAUAACCCUUCUUUACUUCCAACAUUACUGUAGGAAACUGUGAUAAUAUAGCCUUAUUCAUUUUAGAACUCUUCUUAUACCAGCCCAUUUAAAUGUACUUGAAAGUUCACUAGGCAUUGCGAAUCACACUUGAGAAGCUAAAUUCCAGAGUUGGCUUCCCAUUAUAUUAAUCAACAAGUCUGUACAAGCUGGGCCAGCUGCAGCUAAUAGUUUAGAACACAGUGUGCUUCUGACAACAUGAACACCUAUUUCUGAUGUGUACAGUCUGACAGCUAGAAUGAUGUCUAUGUAUUGAAAUGAGCUAAUUACAUACUCUGAAAAGUUCUUGAUUAACCAAAAAACGAACUAAGGGAAACUAUUACAACAAAACAUUACAAGUGUCAUUCUACUAAUAGAGUGCCUUUUGGGUAGUGUAACUUAAAAUAUAUAUAUAUAUAUAUAUAUAUAUACAGUGGGGGAAAAAAGUAUUUAGUCAGCCACCAAUUGUGCAAGUUCUCCCACUUAAAAAGAUGAGAGAGGCCUGUAAUUUUCAUCAUAGGUACACGUCAACUAUGACAGACAAAUUGAGAAAAAAAAAUCCUGAAAAUAACAUUGUAGGAUUUUUUAUUAAAUUAUUUCUAAUUUAUGGUGGAAAAUAAGUAUUUGGUCACCUACAAACAAGCAAGAUUUCUGGCUCUCACAGACCUGUAACUUAUUCUUUAAGAGGCUCCUCUGUCCUCCACUCAUUACCUGUAUUAAUGGCACCUGUUUGAACUUGUUAUCAGUAUAAAAGACACCUGUCCACAACCUCAAACAGUCACACUCCAAACUCCACUAUGGCCAAAACCAAAGAGCUGUCAAAGGACACCAGAAACUAAAUUGUAGACCUGCACCAGGCUGGGAAGACUGAAUCUGCAAUAGGUAAGCAGCUUGGUUUGAAGAAAUCAACUGUGGGAGCAAUUAUUAGGAAAUGGAAGACAUACAAGACCACUGAUAAUCUCCCUCGAUCUGGGGCUCCACGCAAGAUCUCACCCAGUGGGGUCAAAAUGAUCACAAGAACGGUGAGCAAAAAACCAAGAACCACACGGGGGGACCUAGUGAAUGACCUGCAGAGAGCUGGGACCAAAGUAACAAAGCCUACCAUCAGUAACACACUACGCCGCCAGGGACUCAAAUCCUGCAGUGCAAGACGUGUCCCCCUGCUUAAGCCAGUACAUGUCCAGGCCCGUCUGAAGUUUGCUAGAGUGCAUUUGGAUGAUCCAGAAGAGGACUGGGAGAAUGUCAUUUGGUCAGAUGAAACCAAAAUAUAACUUUUUGGUAAAAACUCAACUCAUCAUGUUUGGAGGACAAAGAAUGCUGAGUUGCAUCCAAAGAACACCAUACCUACUGUGAAGCAUGGGGGUGGAAACAUCAUGCUUUGGGGCUUGUUUUCCGCAAAGGGACCAGGACGACUGAUCCGUGUAAAGGAAAGAAUGAAUGGGGCCAUGUUUCGUGAGAUUUUGAGUGAAAACCUCCUUCCAUCAGCAAGGGCAUUGAAGAUGAAACGUGGCUGGGUCUUUCAGCAUGACAAUGAUCCCAAACACACCGCCCGGGUAACGAAGGAGUGGCUUCGUAAGAAGCAUUUCAAGGUCCUGGAGUGGCCUAGCCAGUCUCCAGAUCUCAACCCCAUAGAAAAUCUUUGGAGGGAGUUGAAAGUCCAUGUUGCCCAGCGACAGCCCCAAAACAUCACUGCUCUAGAGGAGAUCUGCAUGGAGGAAUGGGCCAAAAUACCAGUAACAGUGUGUGAAAACCUUGUGAAGACUUACAGAAAACGUUUGACCUGUGUCAUUGCCAACAAAGGGUAUAUAACAAAGUAUUGAGAAACUUUUGUUAUUGACCAAAUACUUAUUUUCCACCAUAAUUUGCAAAUAAAUUCAUAAAAAAUCCUACAAUGUGAUUUUCUGGAUUUUUUUUCUCAUUUUGCCUGUCAUAGUUGACGUGAACCUAUGAUGAAAAUUACAGGCCUCUCUCAUCUUUUUAAGUGGGAGAACUUGCACAAUUGGUGGCUGACUAAAUACUUUUUUCCCCCACUGUAUAUAUAUAUUUCUUUCAGCUAAUUUUAAUAUUCUGUCAUAAAUAGCACAUGUUCAACCUUAUAACAAACAUGUUUUCCCAUCUCAUGAGGUUAAAUUAAGAAAGAAUACUAUAAAAGUGACUAUUAAAGUGAUAUUGUUGAUGGAAACAGGGUUGACGAUUUCAUCUUAAAUCAGUUAUAACUCCCCUUGUGAUAGGGGAAUGGAAGCAUGUUGUGUGCAACAGGGAGGGGCUAUUGAAUGCAUGCUUAACUUGGUAAAACAUGAUUAGCCUAUGUAUCUAUCUAACAGGGUUAACGUGUUAUGCCCACAAAACAUCAGAAAAUUGCCAAAAAUUGUAGAACCAGCUCACCUGCUUUUACACUAUGAUUUGAGUAUUAGAUGUUCAAUGUUAAGUUAGAAAACAUAAUUUGAAAAUGAAUAGUUUUACCAUAUUAAAACGAGAGUUUAGUUCACAUAACAGGGUUGACCUUAUUGUAAAUUAAUCACUAAUCACAUUAAAUAAGUACAAAUCUUUUAAAAAGUACUCAGAAAUGAAUUCCCCAAAACAACUAUAGCUUUACAAUGAUGGUGAAAACUUGGGAAAAUCUUUGGGUUAAGUGGGUUAUAAUCUUCCUAGAAGUUGGACAAACAUGAACUGGGGAAAUACCAAAAUGGGGAUUUUCAGUGAAAACACAUAUCAUUUAUUUAUAUGAAAACACUCGCUAUCACAUAGUUUUUCUAACACCUUGCUUCUUGUCCAUUUGACUUCUAGCGUCCACCAUCUGUAACAGGACUCGCUUAGCCACUGUGAUGAUGGAAUCCCAACAACUCUCCCUGCUGUCCUCCUUGAAGGGAGAGUUGAAGGCUGAGGAUUACAUUCAUCCCCACUAUAAGGAGGCCUAUCGCCUUGCUAUUGAUUCCCUGGUGAAUGGUGGCAGAGAGAGCUACCAGGAGUUCCUCAAGGCCGAGCGGAUAGGGAGCUUCCUCUCAGAAGAUGAACUCCACUUCAUCAUUACAAACACCUCACAGCCAUUGCAUAGCAACCACACAGAGGAAAUCAAUGGCCCAGCUCCGGACACUCCGGUCAGCAAGUCCUCAACUGGGACGUACUGGCCUGUGCACUCAGACAUAGCAACACCCGAUCUGGAGUUAGGAUGGCCGGAGGUCAUGCAUGAUAGACUGCAAACUAAUAUAGAUCUGAUCUUCCAUCCACCCAGACUAAACAGCCCCACCAUCAAAGAGGUGAUCCGUAAACAGAUUCAGGAUGCCAGACAGGUACUGUAAUCCUGCAAUGCAUUGUGUCCACAACAAUGGCAACGUUAAUGGUUGUUUAUGGAAUUCAAAUCACAAAAUGUGUGUUUUUUUAAAGCUGCUGAAAGCACCUUUGUGGACUAAUAGUAGAAAGCCUCAUGUUUUGAUAAUAUUGCCUGCUCCCCAACUGUGACUGUCUCUUUGUGUGUGAAUGUGAUAGCUCAAGAAUCACAAAUGUAAACUAUUACAAGACAAAAUGACAAAUAUAAUAACCAGAUUCCUGGCCCAAUUUUUUUUUACAGAGCAACUCCCUUUCCUCCAAGAGAGAAAUUAUACACACUUUUCCUUUCCACUAGUCAAGCAUGUCUGAGGUGGUGUCAGGGCGGGUCUACAAAAUCAGGUUUUGCAAUUUACCUUCAUAAGUAUAAAGUAUAGGUGCCGCUGCAAAUUAAACUUUAGGUUACUUGCAUAACCCCGGUUCUAUGAAAAUGUGAGUGUGAUGUGUCACUUAUGGGAAACGCUUAAGGGUCGUUAACAAGCUUGAAGUAUCCAUUCACACUGUGUCUGUUGGUGACAGACAGAUCGAGUGGUGAAUGAGGUGAGCCCCUCUCCUCCAUAAAGUGAGCCACUCGUCCACCAACUGUUAAUUCUCGACAAUGUCUCUCUUCCUUGUACUCUUGCAAGCAGGGAAAAGUGGUGACACAUCUCAUUCAUAUUCUCAUAGAACCGGGGUUCCGUUUCGUUUCAAUGUGUCACUAAAGGCAUAUGGCCAACUCCCAUAAGGCAGACAUGCUCUCCAAAGCCAGGGUAGUUUCAACAGCAUCACCGCUCAGAGGCUUCAACACUGAGGGAGAAUGCCCCACGAAGGUGCAGUGACAUCCAGUCGGUAAAGACUUCAGAAACGUAUGAGGGGUGGCCCAACAUGCCAUAGCGUAAAUCUCUCAUAAGGAGAUGUCUUAGAACAGUGCCUAAGAGGUAGCCAUACCUCUGGUGGAACGAGCCAUUCUGGGCUGUAACCCUUGCUACUAUAUUUUCCAAUAGAAUAGCCUCCACUAUCUCAAGAUAGCCAUUAAUGAGGUAGGGGACCUCCCUUUGCAGGGAGGUGCCCAAAAAACACAAAGGUCACUGUCACUCGAGCAAUACUCUCGCUUUUAUCCAAGCAAAUGCAGCAGGCACAUGCUGGACACAAACGGUGGAGAAGCUCUACUUCCGUAAACUGGGUGAGAGGUGGAUGUAACCACAAGCUCCAGGGCACAACAACACAGUUGUAAAUGACCCUAGGCAUGCAGGUGGGAUUUUGGGUACGAAUGUACCCAGCAGGACCCCGGUUAAACUGAAGGCAUGAACGGUGGGUUGACAGUGAGUGCAGCCCACUCACUUGCUUUGCAGGCGUAGGGAAGACAGUAAAGUGGGUUAGAAACAUAAGUAUUAUAUCUCCCUGCUUUCCAGCGUCUCAAGAGGCUGCCAUGAGAAAGCCUCAAGCACAAUAGAAGGGUCCCAGUGACGGAGCUAAAGGCUUGGAGACUGGUUUUGUGUAAGUGACGCACAUCCUAAAAGCAACAUAACAGAGGCUGUUACCCUACUGUGUAACUGUCGAGGCCUGUGUGACAGGCGAGAUAGCAGUUAACUGUUCCUUUAGAGAUCUUCACUCUGUCCAAAAAGGUCCUGCAAUGAAGCAUAGAAACCUUGCAAACAGAGGGUUAGGGUUAGAAAGGGUUAUGAAUGAUCUGUGUACGUCACACCACUUCUCCAAAAAAUGCAUUGUCUCUUUUUCCAAAAAGUGGACGUAUAGGAGUGGCACCGGCACUCUGGAUCGUGAAAGAUCUUGAGUGGCCGGCUUGUCGCAUUCAGAUUUAUCCUCCCACUGGCCAUGCCCAAAGGGCCAUGGCUACUGGGUGAGGGUGGCAAAUCUUUCCGUACGUUUGGGUCUGCAGAUCCCUGCGUAACAGUGGCUAUCAGGACUGAUUAUAAAGCAGGAGAGUGAUCACUGCUAACCAGGGCCUUCCUGGUCAUCACAUGCGUUUCAUCCCUGUUUAUCAUUAUAAAAACGGGGGAUUGUGUCAUAUCUCUUCUGGCACCUGGUAGUAAGGAGGAGCUGCCCACGUGGGCUUGUUUUUACUGUGUUGCUCACGCAACAGACGGUUAGAGGUGAAAAUGCCGUAAGGCGAGGGAAAUGGGGGGUCAUAGUAAAAGGGCAAAUGGCAAUCUGUCAUCCAGCUUUGUAUGUCCGAAGAGACCCAAGGGAGAGCGGACAUGCUGACUUUCGUCCCUGCCUAGAACCUGAGAAGGUGCCGAGGGGAGAGUCCAAGGGGGUAAGAACACUUGGGGGUAACAAUGCACAUCCUCCAUCUUCCCAUGUGAGCAAUGUCAUGCAAGUGUGCUGUUACAAAGGGAUUUUUUUUUUCUCCCACAACGCAGACGUUCCUCCCCAUUGUCAGGCGAGGCGGAUGGCUUAUGUUAAACCAGAGAAAGAGGGUAGGGCAAGGAAGCAGUAGGCUUUGCAAACUAUCCUGCUCUGCUGCUUAGGGCUGUGCCCUAGAUUGGCUGACCCAUCCUGCCCCCUUUAGGGUGGUUAGGAGGGCGGAACUUUGCUGCGGCCACAGCAAAGGACUGUUUAACUCCAGGUUGCCUUUGUUCAAGAUCUUAGCCUGGGAAUUGUCAGUCUGCUGUGUUGCCAUGGGGUCUUGGGCCAGCUUGGUGCCCCCUCCCUGCUGUGAGGCUUGGGCAAGUUGCAGUGACCAACGGGCUGCCACAGGGCCCGGGUUUGCAGGGCAGGCAGAGGUUGAAGGCUUCGCCUUCUUUCUUAUGCAUGUCACACUUCAAAUAACAUUUUUAAAUAACAUUUUAUUUUAUUUGUCACAUGCGCCGAAUACAACAGGUGUAGACCUUACAGUGAAAUGCGUACUUACAAAGCCCUUAACCAACAAAUAAGUGUUAAAUAAAAAAUAGAUAAGUAAAACAUUUAAAAUAAUUAAAGAGCAGCAGUAAAAUAACAGUAGUGAGGCUAUAUACAGGGGGUACUGGUACAGAGUCAAUGUGCAGGGGGCACAGGUUAGUCGAGGUAAUUGAAGUAAUAUGUCAAUUUUUUACAUUUUAGUCAUUUAGCAGACACUCUUAUCCAGAGCGACUUACAGUUAGUGAGUGCAUACAUUUUUUCAUACUAGCCCCCCGUGGGAAUCGAACCCACAACCCUGGCAUUGCGAGCGCCAUGCUCUACCAACUGAGCUACAGGAGGCAGAGUUAAAGUGUUAAAGUGACUAUGCAUAGAUAAUAAACAGAGAGUAGCAGCAGCGUAAAGGGGGGGUGGGGGGGGGUGGUAGAUGAUCUGUUCAGGAUCUGUUGGGGGUAGAAGCUGUUAAGAAGCCUUUUGGACCUAGACUUGGCGCUCCGGUACCGCUUGCCAUGGGGUAGCAGAGAGAACAGUCUAUGACUAGGGUGGCUGGAAUCUAUGACAAUUUUUAGGGCCUUCCUCUGACACCGUCUGGUAUAGAGGUCCUGGAUGGCAGGAAGCUUGGCCCCAGUGAUGUACUGGGCCGUACGCACUACCAUCUGUAGUGCCUUGCGGUCGGAGGCAGAGCAGUUGCCAUACCAGGCAGUGAUGCAAUUAGUCAGGAUGCUCUCGAUGGUGCAGCUGUAGAACAUUUUGAGGAUCUAAGGACCCAUGCCAAAUCUUUUCAGUCUCCUGAGUGGAAAUAGGCUUUGUCGUGCCGUCUUCACAACUGUCUUGGUGUGUUUGGACCAUGAUAGUUUGUUGGUGAUAUGGACACCAAGGAACUUGAAGCUCUCAACCUGCUCCACUACAGCCCCAUCAAUGGGAAUGGGGGCGUGCUCGGUCCUCUUUCUCCUGUAGUCCACAAUCAUCUCCUUUGUCUUGAUCACAUUGAGGGAGAGGUUGUUAUCCUGGCACCACACGGCCAGGUCUCUGACCUCCGCCCUAUAGGCUGUCUCAUCGUUGUUGGCCUACCACUGUUGUGUCAUUGGCAAAAUUAAUGAUGGUGUUGGAGUCGUGCCUGGCCAUGCAGUCAUGGGUGAACAGGGAGUACAGGAGGGGACUGAGCACGCACCCCUGAGGGGCCCUCGUAUUGAGGAUCAGCCUGGCAGAUGUGUUGUUACCUACCCUUACCACCUGGGGACGGCCCGUCAGGAAGUCCAGGAUCCAGUUGCAAAGGGAGGUGUUUAGUCCCAGGGUACUUAGCUUAGUGAUGAGCUUUCAGGGCACUAUGGUGUUGAACGCUGAGCUGUAGUCAAUGAACAGCAUUCUCACAUAGGUGUUCCUUUUGUCCAGGUGGGAAAGGGCAGUGUGGAGUGUAAUAGAGAUUGCAUCAUCUGUGGAUCUGUUGGGGCGGUAUGCAAAUUGGAGUGGGUCUAGGGUUUCAGGGAUAAUGGUGUUGAUGUGAGCCAUGACCAGCCUUUCAAAGCACUUCAUGGCUACAGACGUGAAUGCUAUGGGUCAGUAGUCAUUUAGGCAGGUUACCUUAGUGUUUUUGGGCACAGGGAUUAUGGUGGUGUUCUUGAAACAUGUUGGUAUUACAAACUCAGUCAGGGACAGGUUGAAAACUUAGCAUCUGCGUCAUCUGACCACUUCUUUAUUGACCGAGUCACUGGUGCUUCCUGCUUUAGUUUUUGCUUGUAAGCAGGAAUCAGGAGGAUAGAGUUAUGGUCAGAUUUGCCAAAUGGAGGGAGCGAGGGAGAGCUUUGCACGUGUCUCUGUGUUUGGAGUAAAGGUGGUCUAUAGUUUUUUUCCCUCUGGUUGCACAUUUAACAUGCAGGUAGAAAUUAGGUAAAACAGAUUUAAGUUUCCCUGCAUUAAAGUCCCCGGCCACUAGGAGUGCUGCCUCUGGAUGAGCUUUUUCCUGUUUGCUUAUGGCCUUAUACAGCUCAUUGAGUGCGGUCUUAGUGCCAGCAUCGGUUUGUGGUGGUAAAUAGACAGCUAUGAAAAAUAUAGAUGAAAACUCUCUUGGUAAAUAGUGUGGUCUACAGCUUAUCAUGAGAUACUCUACCUCAGGCGAGCAAAACCUCAAGACUUCCUUAAUAUUAGAUUUCGUGCAACAGCUGUUGUUUACAAAUAUACACAGACCGCCAACCCUUGUCUUACCGGAGGCAACUGUUCUAUCUUGCCGAUGCAGCGUAUUUCCCGCCAGCUGUAUGUUAUCCAUGUCGUCGUUCAUCCAUGACUCUGUGAAACAUAAGAUAUUACAGUUUUUAAUGUCCCGUUGGUAGGAUAUCAGUGAUCGUAAUUAGUCAAUUUUUUAUCCAAUGAUUGUACGUUGGCUAAUAGGACUGAUGGUAGAUGCAAAUUACCCACUCGCCGUCGGAUCCUUACAAGGCACCCCGACCUACGUCCCCGAUAUCCUGUCUUUUUCUCAUGCGAAUGACAGGGAUUUGGGCCUUGACGGGUGUCUGAAGAAAAUAUUUCGCGUCCGACUCGUUAAGGAACAAAUAUUUGUCCAGUACGAGGUGAGUAAUCGCUGUCCUGAUAUCCAGAAGCUCUUUUCAGUCAUAAGAGACAGUGGCAGAAACAUUAUGUACAAAAUAAGUUACAAAUAACGUGAAAAAACACACACAAUAGCACAAUUGGUUAUUAGCCCGUAAAACGGCAGCCAUCUCCUCCGGCGCUUGGUGGCGACAGCGGGGCAGUGGGACAGUGGCGACAGCAUGGCUGAACAACACAGGGUCAUCCAGGAGGUCUACUUUUUCUUUGUCUGUUAAGAGCCCUUUCUCCCACCACCGCCAGACUCAUGGUACGACCACAGCCUUGGAUGGCAUUACAGGAGGCACGGAGGUUUUGAUCCGUAAUCCCAAGCAUCUGGAUUCAGGGUCGUCAUCCUCGUCAUUCCCUAACUCACCUUCCCCCCUACACUGUCGUCAGAAGAAAGGAGGGGUUAGAGACAGCGAAGUGUUUUAACCUCCUUCUCAAACCCGCUCUAAAGAGCAAUUUACAAUGCUUACAGGACUCGGGGUUGUCGAGUGCUUCCUGAGUAUGUUACCUUUCCAGGCAAUUGAUGCAUAGAAGGUGAAAAUCCUUCCCUGCAAUCAUGGAGCUGAAAGUACAAGAACAUGGGGGUUCGAGUGCUUUUCUAGGCUCGUCUUGGGAUGGGGAAGCAGUGGCCAUUAUGCAGAACAGGGCUAUGCUAAGAUGGCUGUUGUAAAAACAAUGUGUAAGCUCUUUGGCAUUAGUUAGGUGUAAGCUAGCUACAGUGAGGGAAAAAAGUAUUUGAUCCCCUGCUGAUUUUGUACUUUUGCCCACUGACAAAGACAUGAUCAGUCUAUAAUUUUAAUGGUAGGUUUAUUUGAACAGUGAGAGACAGAAUAACAACAACAAAAUCCAGAAAAAAGCUUGUGAAAAAUGUUAUAAUAAAUUGAUUUGCAUUUUAAUGAGGAAAAUAAGUAUUUGACCCCUCUGCAAAACAUGACUUAGUACUUGGUAGCAAAACCCUUGUUGGCAAUCAUAUUGUUGAGAGUGAAAAAAACAGCAGCAUUACAGUUCUUGACAUAAAUCGGUGCGCCUGGCACCUACUACCAUACCCCCUAUUCAAAGGCACUUAAAUAAUUUGUCUUGCCCAUUCACCCUCUGAAUGUCACACAUACACAAUCCAUGUUUCAAUUGUCUCAAGGCUUAAAAAUCAUUCUUAACCUGUCUCCUCCCUUUCAUCUACACUGAUUGAAGUGGAUUUAACAAGUGACACCAAUAAGGGAUCAUAGCUUUCACCUGGAUUCACCUGGUUGGUCUAUGUCAUGGUACUGUACAUCUGAUGGCCAGGGUAUAAUAUAGGGAUAUAACACGAAAAUAAUAUGAAAUCUAAAACAACAAUUAAUAAACACCUAUACAUUUUAUAACGGCAGUAAUGCAUUAUUCUUUAAAAAAUAUUUAAAACAUUUACAGUGGGGAAAAAAGUAUUUAGUCAGCCACCAAUUGUGCAAGUUCUCCCACUUAAAAAGAUGAGAGAGGCCUGUAAUUUUCAUCAUAGGUACACGUCAACUAUGACUGACAAAUUGAGAAAAAAAAUUCUAGAAAAUCACAUUGUAGGAUUUUUUAUGAAUUUAUUUGCAAAUUAUGGUGGAAAAUAAGUAUUUGGUCACCUACAAACAAGCAAGAUUUCUGGCUCUCACAGACCUGUAACUUCUUCUUUAAGAGGCUCCUCUGUCCUCCACUCGUUACCUGUAUUAAUGGCACCUGUUUGAACUUGUUAUCAGUAUAAAAGACACCUGUCCACAACCUCAAACAGUCACACUCCAAACUCCACUAUGGCCAAGACCAAAGAGCUGUCAAAGGACACCAGAAACAAAAUUGUAGACCUGCACCAGGCUGGGAAGACUGAAUCUGCAAUAGGUAAGCAGCUUGGUUUGAAGAAAUCAACUGUGGGGGCAAUUAUUAGGAAAUGGAAGACAUACAAGACCACUGAUAAUCUCCCUCGAUCUGGGGCUCCACGCAAGAUCUCACCCCGUGGGGUCAAAAUGAUCACAAGAACGGUGAGCAAAAAUCCCAGAACCACACAGGGGGACCUAGUGAAUGACCUGCAGAGAGUUGGGACCAAAGUAACAAAGCCUACCAUCAGUAACACACUACGCCGCCAGGGACUCAAAUCCUGCAGUGCCAGACGUGUCCCCCUGCUUAAGCCAGUACAUGUCCAGGCCCGUCUGAAGUUUGCUAGAGUGCAUUUGGAUGAUCCAGAAGAGGAUUGGGAGAAUGUCAUAUGGUCAGAUGAAACCAAAAUAGAACUUUUUGGUAAAAACUCAACUCGUCGUGUUUGGAGGACAAAGAAUGCUGAGUUGCAUCCAAAGAACACCAUACCUACUAUGAAGCAUGGGGGUGGAAACAUCAUGCUUUGGGGCUGUUUUUCUGCAAAGGGACCAGGACGACUGAUCCGUGUAAAGGAAAGAAUGAAUGGAGCCAUGUAUCGUGAGAUUUUGAGUGAAAACCUCCUUCCAUUAGCAAGGGCAUUGAAGAUGAAACGUGGCUGGGUUGAAAGUCCGUGUUGCCCAGCGACAGCCCCAAAACAUCACUGCUCUAGAGGAGAUCUGCAUGGAGGAAUGGGCCAAAAUACCAGCAACGGUGUGUGAAAACCUUGUGAAGGCUUACAGAAAACGUUUGACCUGUGUCAUUGCCAACAAAGGGUAUAUAACAAAGUAUUGAGAAACUUUUGUUAUUGACCAAAUACUUAUUUUCCACCAUAAUUUGCAAAUAAAUUCAUUUAAAAUGAUUUUCUGGAAAAAAAAAUCUCAUUUUGUCUGUCAUAGUUGACGUGUACCUUUGAUGAAAAUUACAGGCCUCUCUCAUCUUUUUAAGUGGGAGAACUUGCACAAUUGGUGGCUGACUAAAUACUUUUUUUUCCCACUGUAUUUGACACUUUUACUGAGAGGGGGAUACAGGUAGGUGGGAGCAACAGUGGGAAUUGUGGACACGGUGAUUGAACUCCCAGUUUCCAAUGGGGUGUCAUAUGUGACAUGUGCUGGGGAGUGUUACCACUACACCACAGCUCGGCACAAUGCCUCAUACCCUAAUUCACAAAAUAUCACAAAAUAUCCAAAAGGUGGGUCCAUCAACACUAAGGUGUUACAAUGGUAUGCUAAUUAUUUUAAUAAAUCAUUGUUUUUGUUAUUUUCCCUUCUUUCAUUACAGGUUAUUGCAAUUGUAAUGGACAUUUUUACAGAUGUGGAUAUAUUCAAAGAAGCGGUUGAUGCCUCCAUCAGAGGAAUUCCAGUUUAUGUGCUUCUGGAUGAAUUUCAUCUGCAAAGCUUUCUCUCAAUGGCUGAGAAUCAAGACAUCCAAAUCCAAAAACUUAGGGUAAGUUCACAUACUCUCUUACAAUGGUAAUGCAUGUACUUAGAGGUUUAUAUUUAAAUGUGCCGACUGAUCCUUCUCUCAUCGUAUACACAGUAUUGAUUUGUUAUUCAUUUAUUUGCACCAAAGUGAUUCACUUGAAGUUAUUGAGGGAUGAUAAUGUUUUGGCAAUGUGAAGAUAAGAAUUCCAGAGUAAGGUACCUCUAUAUCUGAUAGAGAAUUUACUGUGAGGUGUGGCAGUAGGGAGGGUUAAGGUUAUCGCAGUGUCUUGUGUUAUAUACUGUAGAUGGAUUUCAGAAUUAACCUGAACCACUGACAGUAGGCCCCCAAAAUGACAGACUGAAAACGUAAUUCUCACUCUAUCUUGCAGGGCGAGGUAGUUUACAGGGCGAGGUAGUUGUUACCAGAGGUAUAGCUAUGCUUUCUUAUCAUAGCAUUUGUUUAAGGCCGCAAUAAAGCUCUCUCGUUAUUUCAGAGAGUCAAUAUACCUUUCAUGAGAGAAUACUGAUAAUAUUCAAGCUUUGCAUAAAACGGUGUGUUACCGUAGAAUGGCCUUGCUAAGAUGCCACUUUGACUGUCUUGGUCUACAGAACAUGAGAGUACGCACAGUGAAGGGUCCGGAUUACGUCUGUCGUUCAGGAGCUACAUUUCAUGGAGCAAUGGAGCAGAAGUUUCUAUUGGUGGACUGCCAAACAGUGGUGUACGGAUCAUACAGGUAAAUGGAACUAGGAGCCCAGUGGUUCAGAAUAAGGCUUUCCCAAUAUUGAUUAAAAUGUUCUUUAGCUUUAAAUGCAAUCCACUUUAUUGAGUCAUUUUGAUGUUCUUUCUUUGUAUUGUAAUUGUGACUAUUUGAACAGGCUAAGGCUUAUAUGGAUGUUUUCUUUUAAAUCCACAACUUGAAUCCCUCCACAGCCUCAUAGAGGAUCUAGAUACAUUUUCUAACCUCUCUGGAUUACAACCAAAUUAUGAUAAAUGUACUAUAUUACAUAUUGGAUCACUAAAAAACACAAUUUUUUUACAUUACCAUGUAGUUUACCAGUACAAUGGUCUGAUGGUGAUGUGGAUAUACUCGGAAUACAUAUCCCAAAUGAAAUAAAUGAUCUCACUUCAAUACAUUUUAAUAGAAAGUUAGCAAAAAUAGAUAAGAUCUUGCUACCAUGGAAAGGUAAAUACCUGUCAGUUUGUGGAAAAUACACCCUGAUUAACGCUUUAGUAUUAUCCCAGUUUACCUAUUUGCUUAUGGUCUUGCCUACGCCUAGCGAACAGUAUUUUAAAAUUAUAUGGAAAAAAAAUAUUCAAUUUUAUUUGGAAUGGCAAGCCAGACAAAAUUAAACGGGCCUAUUUAUAUAAUGAAUAUGAAUUCGGAGGACAAAUGAUUAAAUAUUAAAGCAUUAGACCUAUCACUAAAAGCUUGUCAUACAAAAGUUAUACUUAAAUCCGAACUGGUUCUCAAGCAAAUUAGUAAGAUUGUCUCACCCAAUGUUCAAGAAUUACCUUUUUCACUUUAUUCAGGUUACAACCUCUCACUUUCAAUUAUUUGAAAAGGAAAUAAUCUCCCAAAUAUCACUAUUUCUAAAACAAGCCAUAGAAAGUUGGUUGCAAUUUCAAUUGAAUCCUCCAGAAACGACAGAACAAAUAAUGCAACAAAUAUUGUGGUUAAACUCAAAUAUACUAAUUGAUAAAAAACAUAUGGAAAUGUCUGCUCUACCCAAAAUUACAACCAAAUAAUUGCAGCAUUACCGCAAAAAUGGAAAAGGAAAGUGGAAGGGGGAAAAAGUAAGGAACUUGUCUGUCGGCCUUGCCUUAAAGAAUAUUAUUGGUUAAAGAAAAUUGUGAUAAAUAAAAAUGUGUACCAGUUUCAUUUAAGGACCAAAGGAUUGACAGCCGUGUCAUAUAGAUUGCAAAAUAGUUGGGAAGAGAUUUUUGACGUACCGAUCCCAUGGCAUAGUGUUUAUGAAUUGAUACGCAAAACGACGCCGGAUUCAAAACUUAGAAUUUUUAAAUUUUAAUUAUUACAUAAAUUCUUGCUACCAAUAUAAUGUUAUUUUUAUGGGGGAUACAAUCUUCCUAGCUCUGCAGAUUUUCCUGCGAAGAGACAGAAUCAUUAGAUCAUUUGUUUUGGUACUGUCCAUUUGUAGCUUGUUUUUGGAUGCAGGUCCAGGAAUGGCUAAAGGAUUGCAAUAUUUACCUGGAGCUAACCCUGCAGAUAGCACUACUGGAUGAUCUGAAAAGUCAUAGUGAAUCGAUCAAUAAUAUAAUAAUACUUUUAGCAAAAAAAAAUAUUUUCAAUUUACGAUCUGUAGAAACAAUGAGAAUAGAAAGGUUCAGAACUUUUGUAAAACAUCACAGUACAGUUGAAAAAUAUAUGGCAAAUAGAAAUCCAAUAUGGAUGGUGUUAAGAGAUAGAUGGGAGGUGUUGAAUGGAGCUGAAUGAUGGGACUAAUAACAACAACAAAUAACAACAACAAAUAACAACAAGAUAACUAAUGUAAAGCAUACUGUGUCCAUAAUAAGUAUAUACAGUGGGGAGAACAAGUAUUUGAUACAAUGCCGAUUUUGCAGGUUUUCCUACUUACAAAGCAUGUAGAGGUCUGUAAUUUUUAUCAUAGGUACACUUCAACUGUGAGAGACGGAAUCUAAAAUAAACAUCCAGAAAAUCACAUUGUGUGAUUUUUAAGUAAUUAAUUUGCAUUUUAUUGCAUGACAUAAGUAUUUGAUACAUCAGAAAAGCAGAACUUAAUAUUUGGUACAGAAACCUUUGUUUGCAAUUACAGAGAUCAUACGUUUCCUGUAGGUCUUGACCAGGUUUGCACACACCGCAGCAGGGAUUUUGGCCCACUCAUCCAUACAGACCUUCUCCAGAUCCUUCAGGUUUCGGGGCUGUCGCUGGGCAAUACGGACUUUCAGCUCCCUCCAAAGAGUUUAUUUGGACAGUGAGAGACAGAAUGACAACAAAUAGAUUCAGUCUCUCACAGUUGAAGUGUACCUAUGAUAAAAAUUACAGACCUCUACAUGCUUUAGAAGUAGGAAAACCUGCAAAAUCGGCAGUGUAUCAAAUACUUGUUCUCCCCACUGUAUAUAUACAGUGAGGAAAAAAAGUAUUUGAUCCCCUGCUGUUUUUGUACGUUUGUCCACUGACAAAGACAUGAUCAGUCUAUAAUUUUAAUGGUAGGUUUAUUUGGACAGUGAGAGACAGAAUAACAACAAAUAAAUCCAGGAAAACGCAUGUCAAAAAUUUUAUAAAUUGAUUUGCAUUUUAAUGAGGGAAAUAAGUAUUUGACCCCUCUGCAAAACAUGACUUAGUACUUGGUGGCAAAACCCUUGUUGGCAAUCACAGAGGUCAGACGUUUCUUGUAGUUGGCCACCAGGUUUGCACACAUCUCAGGAGGGAUUUUGUUCCACUCCUCUUUGCAGAUCUUCCAAGUCAUUAAGGUUUCGAGGCUGACAUUUGGCAACUCGAACCUUCAGCUCCCUCCACAGAUUUUCUAUGGGAUUAAGGUCUGGAGACUGGCUAGGCCACUCCAGGACCUUAAUGUGCUUCUUCUUGAGCCACUCCUUUGUUACUUUGGCCAUGUGUUUUGGGUCAUUGUCAUGCUGGAAUACCCAUCCACGACCCAUUUUCAAUACCCUGGCUGAGGGAACCCAAGAUUUGACAGUACAUGGCCCCGUCCAUCGUCCCUUUGAUGCGGUGAAGUUGUCCUGUCCCCUUAGCAGAAAAACACCCCCAAAGCAUAAUGUUUCCACCUCCGUGUUUGACGGUGGGGAUGGUGUUCUUGGGGUCAUAGGCAGCAUUCCUCCUCCUCCAAACACGGCGAGUUGAUGCCAAAGAGCUCGAUUUUGGUCUCAUCUGACCACAACACUUUCACCCAGUUCUCCUCUGAAUCAUUCAGAUGUUCAUUGGCAAACUUCAGACGGGCCUGUAUAUGUGCUUUCUUGAGCAGGGAGACCUUGCGGGUGCUGCAGGAUUUCAGUCCUUCACGGCGUAGUGUGUUACCAAUUGUUUUCUUGGUGACUAUGGUCCCAGCUGCCUUGAGAUCAUUGACAAGAUCCUCCCGUGUAGUUCUGGGCUGAUUCCUCACUGUUCUCAUGAUCAUUGCAACUCCACAAGGUGAGAUCUUGCAUAGAGCCCCAGGCCGAGGGAGAUUGACAGUGCUUUUGUGUUUCUUCCAUUUGCAAAUAAUCGCACCAACUGUUGUCACCUUCUCACCAAGCUGCUUGGCGAUGGUCUUGUAGCCCAUUCCAGCCUUGUGUAGGUCUACAAUCUUGUCCUUGACAUCCUUGGAGAGCUCUUUGGUCUUGGCCAUGGUGGAGAGUUUGGAAUCUGAUUGAUUGAUUGCUUCUGUGGACAGGUGUCUUUUAUACAGGUAACAAACUGAGAUUAGGAGCACUCCCUUUAAGAGUGUGCUCCUAAUCUCAGCUCGUUACCUGUAUAAAAGACACCUGGGAGCCAGAAAUCUUUCUGAUUGAGAGGGGGUCAAAUACUUAUUUCCCUCAUUAAAAUGCAAAUCAAUGUAUAACAUUUUUGACAUGCGUUUUUCUGGAUUUUGUUGUUGUUAUUCUGUCUCUCACUGUUCAAAUAAACCUACCAUUAAAAUUAUAGACUGAUCAUUUCUUUGUCAGUGGGCAAACGUACAAAAUCAGCAGGGGAUCAAAUACUUUUUUCCCUCACUGUAUAUAUAUGUGUGUGUAUGUAUAUAUAUAUAUAUAUAUAUAUAUAUAUAUAUAUAUAUAUAUAUAUAUAUAUAUAUAUUUGCGAGAGAAAAAAACAUAUCGGGGAUUGGAAGUGAUGAAGACAAUUACAUAGAUGGAAGUUACAAUCUAUCUGAAAUAUUAAAGCUGAUCUACCCCACAAAAAAAAUAAAUCUGGCUUUUGACCCCAAUCUUAAUUGUGUUUUUUUUACUUCUGUAAAGUAAACAGUGCAUGGAAUAUAAGUAUGAAAGCUUGGACAAUUAUAUAUAUAUAUAUUUUUUUGUUCUGUUCAAUGUUACUUCACAGGGCUUUCUGUAGAGACUGUAUUUGAUUUCUAAGUUGAACACGGAACUUCUCUUGAGAUAUGAAAACAUUUAAGAUUCGGGAUUUGUCUCUGAAAGGGUUAACUUUUCAAAAAGAGCAUUUCGGUGAGGUAGAAGCCUAGAAUACCUAAUGAGUAACAGAUAAGGCAAUAUUAAUGUUUUACUUUAGACAGCCAAAGGCUUAUCUUUGAUAGAAAAAUGUGCCAUAACUUAGAGAUUAAUUAGAGAUGCUAAGGGUUGACAGCAGACAAUUUAUUGAUAAUGCAAAACUGUUUACCUCAGUUGACCUUGUGUAUAGACUGAGCUAGAAAUGUCUGUUAGAGUUUAUAUUUGACACUGAAGUAAUUGCUGCUCUAUGUUUCUUCUUCUCCACCCAGCUUCAUGUGGUCCUAUGAGAAAAUCAACCUGAGUAUGGUGCAGGUCAUAACAGGCCAACUGGUGGAGUCCUAUGACGAGGAGUUUCGAACGCUCUUCGCCCGCUCCUCCGUGCCAGCAGUUCUCGCCCCUCCCGAGGGUGUGUUACUAGAAAGGAAUGGAAGACAUGCUCUGGCAAAGUAUGCUUCUCAAUCCAGCCAAGCCUUUGAGAGGAAGGACCAGUUGAGACAUACCCUCGACACAGUGUACAGGAAAGCCUGUGAGAGACAGACGGGCAUGACGAGUCCUAUCGGAGAGAUGGAGGAGAGAUUUUAUGAGGAGGAGCCAUUUGAACACAGACCCAUGAUCAAUCAUGGUGUGAGUGUUCAAAACCCCAUCCAUCAGUUCCAGUCUGCAGAGACUGUGAACUUCCUGAAAAGGCACAGUUAUGCUGGGGAGAGACAAGAAGUCUUGUAUGUUCCACACAACACAAGGUAUGGGGCAAGCAACUGGAAUGUGGCUGGAGAUGGAGGUUAUCACUGCGCCCCUGGAAGAAGCCACUUUUCCAAUGCCAUGGAGGACCAUUCUCAGGGGGCACAGAUGUACAGAGGUCACAAUAUUCGGCAGUCCUACCAUGGGAAUGACAAACAAGUCCGCUCCAUGCAGCAGAACAUGCCAACUUUGGAGCACACGGCUAAGUCCUUCUUGCGCACAUAUAGGAUAGAGUCUUACCUCAAUAACACUGACACUCCUAUUGGGGAAUCCUGUGAUUAUCUGGACCAGUAUGAAGCUCAGGAAAACAAAGCUAGCUCAUUCAUUCCCUCCAGAGUUAGGUCAUCUCUUGUUUUCAAGUCCAUUAUUCAAGAGCAACCGGAGACAAACAGUUACUCAAACAAUGCUUCCAUAUGUCAGGUCGAUCCCUCUGCAAGGCCAAACAAUAAACCGUAUUACUCAUCAAUGCAAUGGAAUCAAGCAACAUCAAUGGAAAACAGAAUGAGACAGGAUGAGUUUAUAAUGAAGAAGCAAAGUCUGCAGAUUUUGGAUGAUCCUAGGAAUAACAUUGGCUAUGGCCCAGGAAGAGACCCACAUCAGUCUGUCUAUGCCAGCCUGGGCAGAGCCAAAGGGGGACUGGUAAUCAAAACCCCUGAGCUCCUCCAAGACAACUGGCACAAAAGGCACAGUGUGGCAGACCCAAAGUCCAACAUAGACUACAGAAACAAUAAAGAGUCCUCCAGUCACAUGUAUGGCGGGGCCUUUGUGAGGAAACAGGCAGAUGGUGGUGGAAUAAGAGUGGGUGUACAGAAUGGAGGAUAUUCUUCAAAUCUGAACAAGGAUCAGAUAUCUGUCUCUCAUUAUGACGUCAAAAACACUGUGGACAUAAAGAGCCAUCCUGUUUCCAUUUGGAAAGACCCUCCCUCCAGAACUGUGUCUGCAGCAGCCCUUGAUAUGAACAGCAAAGAGCCCACUUACAAGUCCACCAGUACAGCAAUGAGCUCACCUCGUUUCCUCAAGAAGAGCUCCAAGAAAAUCAGAUCAUUGCUCAACAUACCAGAGAAAAAAGAGGGUUCCCCUCUAACCAAGGAAAAACGAAUUCCAAAAAGGGGUGGUAGCUCAGACACCAUAGUGGCUGAGGAAGAGGAACAAAGACCAAACAGAGAGACAAAGGUUGCACCGCAGAUUGGCACCGCAAAUCCAACCAGAUCCCCUACCAGGCUAAAGAUGGACAAGAACCACUUUGCUGAUGAUAUAGGAAAAUCAUCAGCCCCUCGUUUUAGCACUGACGAGCUGCAGCAAAACCCUCCUGUCAGAGCUACAUCCAUUAGGACACAGGGGCAGCGUACUGCCAUUGAUGAAAGGCAUGAAAGGACAAGCCUUGCAUCAGGAACCUGGCGUAACGAUCAGGGCGGCAGUAGUCGUUUGUAUAGCAGAUUUGAGCCUUUCUGCUCAUUUGAGAAGAAGCAACCCCACUCCUCUCAAUCUGCAACAGGCCCUGCACCAAUACACGCCCCUGAGAGGACCAAGAGCAUGCACUCUGCUAAAAGUAGCUCCCCCAAUGAACAACACAACCACACUGGCCAGCAGACAACUAGCCACCAUGAAAACAAACUGGGCAAAUUCAUACAAAGAGUGGGGAAUUUCAUUCACAAAAAUAAGUAGUAGAAAAUAAUGUUAGCAUAGUGAACCAAUCCAACAUGGAUUACUGGUCAAAUUUACAAUUAUUUUCAAGGGGCCAAUCAAAUGGUAGGCAGAGUAGAAACAGUGUGCUGCACCAUUUAACUUGAAAACUGUUUACAUGAAGAUCUGACAUCCAUUCAUGACUAUUUAGGGCAAUGGCAAACUGAUCAUUACUUCAAUUAAAUAUUGAUGAUAUGAUUAUUGGUAACACUUUCUACGAGGCACAAAC